UUUACUAAGCGUGAUUCGAAGUUAGUACAGCCUAAGGAAAUGGAAAAUUCCUUUCGCGUUUCCUUGGAACCGAAGAAAAAUUUAAGCCCCCUAAAACCACAAGAAUAACUAAAACACCGUGCAGUUGAAAAGAUUUAUUGUUUGUGAUCGAUACGCUCAAACGAAUUUGUUCUUUGGUGCACAAUAGAAAGUAAUCCAAGCAGCGUUCUUGUUUUCCCAAGGAAAGAGGAAGAUUUCAGUAACUUUGUUACAUGAAACAAAAGCAGUGAACUAACAAAAGCAGUAUAUUCAAAAUGAGUGCAUUUCUAAAAGCUCCAAAAACGGUGCUUGCAGUUAGCCGGCAUUAUCGUUACGUGGAUGCAGGUGUGCGGAACCGAUUUGUCAGCUAUCGAACGAAAAGGUCAGGAUUAUAUCAGCUUAGUUAUUCUGCCCUUCCUGCAAGCAGUAGGAAUAUUGCUGUAUUGAGUGUUUCACCAACCAAUACAACGUUACUAGAUGCAUUAGGUUAUAGCUAUAAUAAUGACGGCGCUAUUAGGUGUAUUUCAACGACUGCGGUGCACUUCGAUCAGCCCUCGUCCAAGGUGGAGGCUACAGUACAAACAAUCAAACAAUCUAAAAAAGAACAGGAGCAAACCAAUGAAGCUGCAACUACUGCAUCUACUGUGACGAGCGCUGCUCGUGAAACGGCAGGUGCUGCUGCAUCUGCUGCUGCUGUACCCUCCAGUCAGAGCCAAGUAGUUCCAGCGGCGCCGGUGAAGAAAACGCUCAAACAGCGAAUAUGGGCUGAAAUGGUACAUUACUACCAUGGCUUUCGGUUAUUGUUUAUAGACAUUAACAUCAGUCGGAAACUACUUUGGCGAGUACUUAAUGGUAAAACGUUAACGCGUCGCGAGCACCGGUUAUUGGUGCGAACUACUUCGGAUCUGUUUCGAUUACUCCCAUUUUCGGUGUUUAUAAUAGUGCCCUUCAUGGAAUUAUUACUACCAUUGGCAAUCAAACUGUUUCCCGGAAUGCUCCCAUCGACAUUCCAGACUGCAACCGAGCGGGAGGAUAAAAUCAAGCAGAACCUCAAAGUGAAACUAGAAAUGGCUAAGUUUCUGCAGAAAACAUUGGAUGAUAUGGCUGUGACGAAUAAAGAACAUCGGUCACAGGCUGCGAAGGAUUUCAGUGAGUUCUUUGCCAAAGUUCGUACCAGUGACAACUUCACUGUUGCUAAUGAGGAUAUUAUAAAGUACUCCAAAUUGUUUGAAGAUGAAAUAACUUUGGAUUCGUUAUCCCGUCUGCAACUGCAGGCACUUUGUCGUGUGCUGGAAAUGUCUCCGAUUGGCACUUCAAAUCUGCUUCGUUUUCAGCUUCGAAUGAAAUUAAGAAGUUUAGCUGCUGAUGAUCGAACUAUUCAAAAAGAGGGAAUAGAAUCGUUAAACCUCUCUGAGUUGCAGGCAGCUUGUCGUGCGCGUGGCAUGCGUGCUUAUGGUACAACCGAAGAACGACUUCAGUCGCAAUUACGCGAGUGGAUCAAUAUGAGCCUGAACGAAAAAGUGCCACCCUCGUUGCUCCUACUUUCGCGAGCUUUGAUGUUGCCGGAGAAUGUGACAACUAGCGAUAAGCUGAAGGCAACCAUCUCAUCUCUUCCUGACUCCGUGGCAACCGUCACGAAAGCUGCUAUCGGCGAACGUGAAGGCAAGAUCGAUAACAAAACUAAAAUUGAAGUCAUCAAAGAGGAGGAACGCAAAAUCAAAGAAGAGAGAGAAGAGGAAAAAGAAAAGCAAAAGGAAAUUGCUGAAAUCUUGGUGGACAAAGCGCCAAUUGUUACCGAAGAUACGGUCAUCCAUCUAAGUGAACCUGUAGUGCAAGCUAAGGUAGCUCCGGAACAACCAGCAACAGCAGCAACAGCAGCAGCAGCAGCUGAAGAGAUUACUAGUAAAGACCUGGAAGCUAUCGGUGAUGCGUUGGGAAGCUUGAGUAAGGACAAGAAAACGUUGUUGGUCGAGAAGGAAGAAAUUAAGGACUUGAAGGAGGAAAUCGCUGAUUACCAGGAAGAUGUCCAGGAGCUACAAGAGGUCAUCACUGCUGCUCCGGGUGAAGUGAAGGUGAAGGAAUCACGGGCAGCCAAAAUGCUGUACAAGAAGGUUAACUCGAUGAUCAGUAAAAUGGAUACGGUGCUGGCUGAUUUGGAGAAGAAAGAGCAGGAGCUGAAAGAGCAAGUAAGCGCCGCUGAAGAACAAAAAUUGGAAAGCGAUCCUGCAUGCCAGGCUAGCGAGGAACUCGUUAGAAUCGACGAAUUGAUGUCUGCCAUCAAGAAGAUUCAGCAAGUCCCAGAUGACUCCCGGUUAGAUCAGAUAUCUAAAAUCCUAGGAAAAAUCGACGAUGAUCACGAUGGCCACAUCAAAGUAGAAGACGUUCUGAAGGUUAUCGAAACAAUUGGCAAGGAAAACGUUCAGUUGAAAACCAAACAGCUUGACGAAUUGAUCGAUUUGCUGGACAAGGAGGAAAUCCUAGAAGCGGAGGAUAAGAUCGAGAAAGCUCUCAUCAAGAGCCUUGAGGCCAAAGAGAAGCAAAAGGAGCAGAAGAGCAAGGAAAAUGAAAAGCUGCUGGAGGUGCAGGACAAAGCGACAGAUCUGUCGCUGGCUGAAAAUUCUGCUGUAGAUGUAGAUGAAGCGAAAAAGGGAUCAAAAGAAACGAAGCUGGCCGAACCAAUGAUCGAUACGUACGUACUACAAAAAGCUGCCGAGAGGAAAAACGAGCAAAUGAUGUCGAAUGUUACUUCGUCAGGUGAUCUUGAUACGAAAACGUCAGUUGACGCAGCGAAUAUUCCCCCAACCAUUGUUGCACCACCAAAAUCACCUAAUUCAACGCAAAAUAAAACAGUGUGAUGCCGCUAGACGAAUUCCCUGACCAUGAACCAACACACGAUAACCCUAAACAAUUUACUGAAAUAGUGAUAUGUAGAUUGGACUUAGAUACACCCUCCAGAUUGCAUAAAAUGUAUCGUAGAACAUUUCUCCUGGGAAGAAAUUAUUCACGUUAUAGCACGGAGGGUCUACUUGUUUGUUACCAGCAUCUAAAUAUGUGAUUGUACAGCUAUUUAUACGCGAGAUCAACCCCAAGAAAUACACGCGAAGCGCAGAGGAAACUUUAGAAAAACUAAAAUAAUUCAUUUAUAACUAUAAUAGCUUACGAUAACAGCAGACAUAAUUUGUGGUAUGUCUUUGAAUGGUUGACAAUAUACCUUUGAAGGAAAAGGAAAUAAAGCUUGAA